GCCCUCCGUGUGCGUCUUUCUGAUUGGAAGCGGGGCGGGACUUACGGAGCACGGCUCGUCUGGAUUGGCUGCGCCGUAGCGUGCUCGGCGAGGAUUGGCUGAGACAGGGGGCGGGGCUUGAAAAGCGGAAGCGGCGGCGAACGGCGCCCGGCGGGCGGGAUGCAGGCCUCAACGGGGGAUUAUCGCCAUGUGCCCAUCGAUAUCCAGACCGGCAAACUGCUCGAUUGGCUGGUGGACCGGCGCCAUUGCGGCCUACGUUGGCAGGCUCAGCUGAGCACCGUCAGGAAUAAGAUAGAGGCUGCGUUGAGGGAUAUGCCCGAACAUGAGGAGAUCACACGGUUAUUGGAGGGCACCGCCAUCCAUUACUCUCAUUGCCUUCGCAUUGUGGACAUCCUUAAGAGCACUGAGGCCUCCACUAAGAAUCUCUUUGGGUAUUCAUCCCAGCGCAUGAAGGACUGGCAGGAGAUUGUGGCCCUCUAUGAGAAGGACAACACCUAUCUGGCUGAGCUCGCUGCCCUCCUGGUAAGGAACGUGACGUAUGAGAUCCCUGCCCUACGGAAGCAGAUCAGUCGUUGCCAACAGGCCCAGCAGGAUCUGGCUCGACGUGAGGACGAAUGUCAGCUGGCAGCUGCUGAGCUAAGGGAGCGUUUCUAUGCCUCGUGCAAACAAUAUGGCAUCACUGGUAAUAACGUGCGCCAGGAGCUGCUGGCUUUGGUUCAGGACCUGCCCUCGCUGCUCUCUAAGGUUGGGGCAGGAGCUGGUGUCCUUUCUGAAGCCAUUGAGCUCUAUCAGGCCUGCGUGGAGUUUGUUUGCCACAGCUCAGAAGGGCCCGUGGUGCCCAUGUUGAGGUACGUGGGGAGCAAAGGCAACACAACAGUGUAUGAAUGGAGGACGGGCUUUGAACCAGCAAAGGUGGAACGGCCGGAGGUUCAGGUGGUGCCAGAGCAACCAAAGGAGGACACGAUUGACUGGGGAGACUUCACACUGGAGCCCAUUGGUGAUGCUGCAGGUGGGGAAGCUCAGGACAAUGAGAUCGACUGGGGCAUCGUGGUGGAGCCCAGCCCUCAGGACGAUGCCAUUGACUGGGGUGAUGGUGAAGGUGAUGGGGCACAGAUCACAGUGUUGGAGGAUGGCUCUGAGGACCCCAAAGCAGCUGCUCGUGGUUCUGAUGCCCUGACACUGCUGGAGAAUGCUGCCACACGGAACCAGUUCAUCGAUGAGCUCAUGGAGCUGGAGCUGUUCCUGGCCCAACGCCUGGUGGAGAUGGAGGAGGAGGCCGACGUUUUAUCUGCCAGUCAAUUCCAACUGGCCCCUGCCAUCCUGCAGGGCCAGACCAGCAGCCGUGUGAGCACGAUGCUGGCCAACACCAGGGAGCUGCUGGACCAGCUGAGCACCCGGCGCAUGCAGCAUCUCUUCAUCAUCCUGGCCUCCCCCAGGUACGUGGAUCGUGUGAGCGAGAUGCUGCAGCAGAAACUGAACCAAGCGGAGCUGCUGCUGGCCAAGAGGGAAACGCUGAGACAGAAACAACACGAUGCUCUGACAGAGCAGGGGCUGCUGGAACCUAAAUUGGACCAGCUACAGGAGCGGACCCGGGAGCUGCAGCAGCUGAUCGAAGCUGACAUCUCCAAGCGUUACAACGGGCGCCCUGUGCACCUGAUGGGGGUCUCACUAUGAGCUGCAGCACCCACUGGGGGGGGUCCUGCCGCCCCCUCCCCAAAUAUAUACGUGGUUUCCCAUAUAAUAACGUGGUUUCAGCCUGGGGCUGGGCGCUGCUGAAUAAAGCUGCAGCUGUUCCCCAUA